UUUGAGCCUGAUGGCAAAGAAGAACAAGAGCUUAAAUUUGAGCUUCAAGAAAAAAAAGCUACCCUUGAUGCAUAUUUUUCUAAGCAGCAGAAGCAAGAGGCAGUUGAAGAAAUGCUACGAACAGAUAUAUAUUUAAAAGACAAAGCAAUAGAACAUCUUGUUGAGGAAAAGUCUUUGCUAUUAGUAGAAAAAUCUCAGCUUUUGGAAGAAAUCAGGAAACUUAAAGAUAAAUUAAAUGAAAAUGAUUUCAGAACACAGGUUAAAAAGACAAAUUCAAAAAUGUACCCAAAUGAAGAGAAAAUAUUGACUAAAAGGCAAGAUGCUAUGGCUAUGGCUCAUUCAGCUGAUUAUGGUGGUGAGCUACAUAGGCCUAGUGACAGUGAGAGAGGUUAUGAGACACCACCUAAAGGUAUAGACCGAUACGAAUUGGCCAUACCGCAACAAGAAAUGUCAAAGACACCAUUGACAAUAAUGGUGGUUGGUAGGGCAGGAGCAGGAAAAUCAACACUCAUCAAUUCAAUGCUGGGUAGGAAGGUAGCCAUAGUAUCAGAUGGUUUAUUCCCUUUCAACCAUGAUACAAUAGAAGAACACACUGGUACAGUCUAUGGUACACCAGUGGUGUUUUAUGAUACAAUAGGUCUGGAAGCCCCACAAUAUAGUUCUAAAGAGUUGAUAAAGAAGUUUAAACAGAAAAUUGAUGAGCGUGGUGAUCGGUUCACAAUCCUUAUAUGCCAGCGAUUUUUAGACAGGCUUGAUGAGUCAGUUAAGCAUUUUCUAGAUCUUCUUGCAAAACUGUUCAAGAAUGAUGACACCAUGUGGAAAAGCUGUAUUUUAGUACUAACAAAAGCCAAUAGUUUUGUUUAUUAUGAUCAUGAAAGUGGUGAAGAAAGUAAUGAUGAAGUUCUAAAAUUGAAAAUGAAUAUAACUAUGAUAGAAUGUGGCAUGAAUUUUCAAUUGUGCCUGGAAAGAUACAAUGUACCUGAGGAAAAAAUCAUGGAUAUGCCAGUUUGUGUCGCUGGGAAUGAAAGGCACAUCAAAUUACCUGUCACUGAUAACUGGAUAAAAACAUUAAUGGAUUGCUGCCAUAUGAGAGCUCUAAAUUUCCAAAGUGCUCAUCGAACGGAACAACACUCACAUGAUAUGGGAAUGUAUUAUCUCAGUCGAGCAAUUGGAGGAACAGGUGGAGAUGUUGCACCAAUUGUUGGCAUACCAAUAGGAGUUACCAUAGGUUCUUUGGUUGCAUAUAAAAUGAUCAACAGCUUAUACUGGAGGAGAAUAAGAGAUGGAGAAGAAAAGGAAUUCUAUGACAGUAAAAAAAUUGAUGAAUUAACAAAAAAACUAAAAUGACAGAAAAAUAUUUUUAUAAUCAUAAUUACUAUAAUGACUCG